GUGUGUGUGCUUAAAUUUUUGUUGUAUUUUUUUUAAGUGAUUUGUAUUGUCGCAAUUUUUUUGACACAAUAUUGAGCAAUAGUGCAAUUGCAGUGUAAAUGCAAAGUGUAAAUGCAGUGGCAAAAUUCCAAUUGAAAAAAGUUUUAGUGAGAGCUAGAAGAGCGAAAGAAAGAGAGAAGUAAAUAAAUCACAGUUACGCGCGCAUAUGUUUUGGUUGUGUUUUUCUUAACGCUACGCACGCGUGUCGAAAGUUUUUCUCAGUUUACUCUUUUUGUUAUUGUCUACGUGUUGAAUGUGUUUGUUGUUGUUGUAUAAUGCACAGUAGACAUACUAUAUGCUAGUUGUUAUUAAUAAUUAUAGUUGUGAACAAUGUUCUCCGCAGCCAACGGGAAAAUCAAGCUGCCGCCAGCUGAUGACGCCGACGUAGGUGCGAGCUCAACGCUGCGCUGCCUGCUCAACGGGCCCUUUCGGGAUUUACAUUUUAAUGUCUCCGAUCAUCGCAUUAUACCCGUACACGAUGUUGUCUUCCUCGAUGAUAUUGAGCAGAGUGUCAAGCCGCUCAUUUACAGGCCUGUGCUCUCUGAGAGCGUGACGCCAACGCCGACGCCGCCGCCAGCAGAUACCGUCGAGGAUUUUGAGGGCGACAGGCUCUGUUGA